AAUACUAUUGUUUCGCAGCGUUAUACAGCACUGUCCAGGCUGUUGCUGUUUAUUGUUUUGAUAAUUGCAAUAAAAAAAGCCAGCAUAAAAUAAUGCAUAGCACUUGAACAACAUGGAAAAACUACGCAGCAGCAGCGCCGGCAGCGGGCAGCUGGGGGAUCAACAGCAGCAGCAACAACAACAUCAGCAGCAACUGGAACAGUAUCCAAGGAAUCCCAUUGAGCAAUAUCUCCGCGCCUCCACAAAGAUCAAGAAAAUCGAAAGAGUUGUUUUCUUUAAACGCUUUGCGCCCAGUGUGGCCGAUGUGCAGGCGGACUUCCAGCGACUGGCGUACAGCUUCGAGGAAUCCGGAAUUAUGCAGUAUGCGGCAAUGUGUCACAUUGGCUAUGCCAAAUGUGAAUCCUAUGGCGGUGCACCGCAACGCGAGGCGGAAGCGUAUGUGCGGGCCGCCCGUGAUUUUCUGAAGGCCCACAAUGAGUUCCGGCUGCUGCAGUUGCGCACCGGUCACAACGGAUUCCGGGAGGGAGCACUCCACUGCUAUAACAAUGCGGCGGAGCGUGUCGCGGAUAGCGGUGUCUUCAAGGCAGCGGUGCUGCGGGAACUGAAGCAACUGCAGCGUCAAUUGGAGCGGACGAGCAGCUUUGCUUCGCCCACCCAUCAAAUCCAUGAUCUGGAGAUGAGCGCCGAGAUGAGCAUGCAGCGUGAGGAUUAUCGCAAUGCUCUGCUGCAACUGGAUGACAUUGUGGACAAUAUAUACGAACGACGUGCUCCCACAAUGUACGCUGAGCUGUUGCGUCGUGUGGAGGUGCUCCGUCUGCUGCUCCUGGUGCAUCUUAAUCUGCCGCCAGCACGUCAAUCUCCUGCGCACAUUAAGCUCAUUGAAUACUAUUAUACGCUGGCACAAUUUGAGCCACAACUUGCCACACCUUGUCUGGGGUAUAACAAUGAGCCCGUGGAACGUCCCGGCGCCUUUGUGCCUCUCCAGCAACAAUAUGCACUGGCGGAGAUCAUCUGUGCCUGGGUAGAGCGCCAAAUGUGCGAUCUCAAGCAUCUCCUCAUGGAUUUCGGCAGUGAGAAUAGCUCAUUGAGUCAAACAGAGCGGCAAUUGCUUAAAACUAUAUAUUCAGAACUAUCCAAGGUCUAUUAAGGUCUCUAAUAGAACCACACUCUGUAUAUUAUAUACUAUAGUAUAUUCAAGUAUCACUUAAGUGUAAUCAAGUCUACCAAGUAACUAAAACUAAACCUUUUCAACGUGCCUACACGAUGCAAAUAAAAAGCGAAAUAUGUUAUAAUACUUAUAUAGUUCAAAUAUAAUAUAUAACUAUAUAUGUACCGAUGUAAAAUAGUCUUAAAGUACAAUAAUAAUGGCUGAGAAGACAACUGACGCAAUAAAACUAUCUGUUCUUACCAAUAAA